UUUAAUCAGAUCAUAUAUAGUUUUGUUUUCUGAUCGUUUCAGUAGGAUCUAGGUGGUGAGGAGUUUUAUACUCGUUGGAGCAUUUGCAGUACCAUUAUAAUGGCAAAAGAGUUUAAUGUUCCACCAGUUGUAUUUCCGUCAGGUGGAAACCCAGGAAAUGGCUUGAACCAUAGACGUGCACCGGUUGCACCAUUUACACCGCCAAAAAAUCCUAAUCUUCCAUUCAUGUCGUUUGAUAUUGGUGUGGCAGCAUCUUCUUCUUCGUUCUCUGCUCCACCAAUUGGUAUUGAUAAUGGAUCAUUUGAUGAUGAACUUCCUUUGUUAGAAGAACUUGGUAUCAAUACACGUCAGAUUUGGCGUAAAACGGUAUCCAUUAUGAACCCGUUUAGAGUUAAUUCAAAUCUUUAUGAAGAUUCGGAUUUAUCAGGUCCAUUUAUAUUUCUAAUGGCAUUUGGUUUAUUUCAAUUACUUGCCGGGAAACUACAUUUUGGGAUUUUGUUAGGAUGGGUUUCGGUUGCUUCGCUUUUCUUAUAUGUCGUGUUUAAUAUGUUAGCGGGGAAAAAUGGGAAUUUGGACUUGUGUCGGUGUUUGAGUCUUCUUGGUUACUGUAUGUUUCCGAUUGUGAUACUUUCAGCAUUCUCACUGUUUAUCCCACAAGGUUGGAAUGGUAUUUUUGUUAUUACCGGAGUGUUCGUGUUCUGGUCGACUAGAGUUUGUACGCGACUGCUCGUGGAACUUGCUUCUUGUGGUGAUGAACAUAAAGGGUUGAUAGCGUAUGCUUGUUUCUUGAUUUACAUGUUGUUUUCUUUGUUGGUAAUAUUCUGAUCAUAUCUAUGGGUUUGUUGUACUGGCAAAAUAUUCGAAUCCGAUGUCUCUUCAUGAGAAUAUUGUAAGCGUAAGCUGUAGCUUUCCUUGAUGUUCCUCUUUCUUUCUUUCUUGAUGUAAUCAAUUAUGUAGAGGCUGCUAGGUGAUAGAUUCCUAUAAUAUUUCUGUUAUUCAAUGUACUACUAGUAUUUGUUUUACUUGAUCUCUA